GCGAGAACAGACUUAACAGACACGCACCUGAUGACAUUUUGGAAAACACGUGUCUUGUCCAUAUACUGUAGAUUAUGCAGGAUCGUCAAGAAUCCAGACAGGCCCUGGGACAUUUUAUCAUAAUGUCUAUAAUAGUCUUGUAUUUGUAUACAUGUCAAUGUCAUAGGCUAGUCUAUGCUAUAUGCUACUUUUAAUGCUUAUGCUGUUCUGCAAACGGAACGAUGUUUCUUUAAAAUGCAACGUUGUUUAAUAAGGACGUUGUUUAAUAUUUAUUUUACUUCGGGGUUUGCCUGAUGGCGUUUUGUGGCUGUAGUGGAUGUCAUUGAUGAUCUGCUGAUUUCUCAGACACGCCAAUCGUCGAUGCGAACUGUUCGUGGUCCUUAAAAUAAUAGUCUUGCGUUCAUCCUUGACCGUGGACUGAUGCCCCGUCCUCAUGUUGUUGAAGCUAUGGGUUUCUCGAUUAGCUCUCUCUCGCGGACGGAGAUGCGCUGCGUGAAGCCCCUGGUCAGCUCGCAGUCUCCCCGUCGGUACCAACCUGCGCCAAACUACAACUACAAGUGGACGGAGGUCCACUACGAGGCUAGCCGCGGAAACUUGGACAAACUGCGAGCGCUUCUCCUUACAAUGGAUACGGAGCAGAUAGACAGGAAGGACUACUACGGGAAGACCCCCCUCUAUUGGGCUGCGUACAAGGGUCAGAGGUCAUCGGUGGAGCUGCUGCUGACGCACGGCGCCGACGUGAACGCGCGGUGCGAUCGCGGGGCCACGCCCCUGCACGCGGCCGUGGGGCUCUUCCCAGACUGCGCCCUCGUCCUCAUACAGGUCCCCCGCGCUCCCGCUCUCACCCCCUGUAGCCUAGCGCAGCGCUACUCAACUCCCCGUGCUGCGGGCACCGCGCGCUACACCGCCUGA